AUGUAUCGCGCAAGGCCCCAGCUUUCUCUGAACAUUGUUCCCAUGCAGACCUCCUCACGACCUGCACUGUCUCUCAAGUCUCCCGGUCUUCCUCGCACGCCAAUCUCCCCAAGUCCCGCAAGUCCAGCUGCAAAGCGCUUCUCCUCAUCGAUUCAAGUGCCAUCCUACAACUACGUCAACUCGUGCUCCUCCAAGAGUAUCCUCAAGAAACACGCCGCUUCGGCGCCUGGCACCCAGAAACGCAUCCAGUUCCAGGGCACGCCGAUUGUGCAUUGCAUUACCCCGAUCGAGAACACCGAUGAGUACUACGGAACUUAUACUAAGCUCUCUCGCGAAGAGCGUCGCUGGAUAGUCCGGGAAUGA